AUGCAAUUCCUCGAAGAGAGGGAACACAUGAAAAAGACCAGAGUACUCAUAGAAGAUUGGCAGGAGCGAGGUUUCAACGCUCUCCAAGCCCUUCGCGAAAAGCGAUGCUCUUCCAUUGACUCGGAGGAGGAGGCGGCGCCAUCAGCAGUGUAUUUGCCUAUACUCGCCUACUAUAUGGACCACAGCAUUUUAGUGCUCAACGCCAACGCUCUGAGGGACUUUGUCGCUACCAAUGCCAUCGAGUCGUUGAAGAACCCCUGCAAGAUCUCUCGCCAGACCGUCGAUGUCGCAUGCAGGUCUUUGAACCUCAUACUCUCUGACCCGGUCCUACUCAAGCACAUGUAUGGUACUCACAACAACCAACUUAUCAUGAUCUGCCAUGCGUCUAGCGAGAUAUUGUUUGCCACCACUCGCGGAUGCCUACCACCCGACGUCAUGGAGACUGCAGCCGCAAAAGUACGCGCCGUCACCAGACACAUGGAGACGAUCGCGCGAGGGCUGCCAAGCUCGUCUGCGGCUUCUCUGUAUACCACUCUGUCCAACAUCUUUUCGCAGCAACUGGACAAGUAUAUUUCCACAAACCAAGCAAGUUGUGAGCCGAUGCAAGAGGUGAUACCGACGGAUUGGUGGAACGCGCUAGGAGGCGACAUGCUUGUUGAAAUGAAUGACCUUUUCCCUGAACAGCUGUUUCCCGAGUUGACUAGGCAUGGAGAGUCAGAUAUAAUGCUUGGUUAA